CACACUUGGAAACAAUAAGAAACUACAAGUGAGAAGUUAAAUUAAAAGUCUUCCACCGAUCUUUGCAGUUUGCAUUAAUAAUAAAAACAUUCAGAAACCGAGAACCGCUUUUUUCUUCUUUCUUCCAGCCUAAAGUACUCUGAGACCAUUGUACUCUCUAAAACCCUCUUCUUAACUCUCUCUCUCUCUCUCUCUCUCUCUCUUUCUCUCUCUUCUUCCUUCUUUGCUUCUUCUGAGAUACGCUUCUGCUACUCUACUAUACUCCCAUGGAGCUCUAAUGGGUCUCUGCAAUUUCCACUUUUUCCCACUUUUCUUCUGAGAAUUUCAGCUCAAGAGUAAUGGAUGAGUCUUAUCUAGUGCGUUUCGUGUUUCUGCUCUGUUUGGUUUCGUCCUCCGUGUUCUGUCUGGAUGACUCUGACCAAAACGCAACCGCUUCUUCUGCUGUUUACAUUGUCACUCUCAAGGACCGUCCAUCUGUUCAUUUCCCCGGCAGAGAAUCGACGAGUAGCUCCAAACAAAGCCUUACCGCUUGUUCUUCAUCCCAAAAUUACAGAACAUUGAACCGAAGUGCUUCUAUUAUUAGAGUUCAUGAUUCGUUGUUGAGAAAAGUAUUGAGAAAUGAGAAUUAUCUUAAGCUGUACAGUUACCACUAUCUCAUUAAUGGGUUUUCAGCUGUUCUUACCCAAAAACAGGCGGAUAGACUUGCGGCUAGGGAAGAAGUGGACAAUGUGGUUUUGGAUUUUUCGGUUGAGAAAGCAACUACUCAUACACCACAGUUCUUAGGUUUGCCUCGUGGAGCUUGGCUUCGUGAUGGAGGUUAUGAGUAUGCAGGGGAAGGAGUAGUUAUAGGGUUUAUUGAUACUGGAAUUGAUCCCACUCAUCCUAGUUUUAGUGACAAAAUCCUGGGGCAUACAUAUACGGUUCCUCCUCGGUUUACUGGCGUCUGUGAAGUUACCAGUGGUUUCCCUCCCGGUUCUUGCAAUAGGAAACUCAUUGGAGCACGCCAUUUCGCUGAGUCUGCUCUCAGUAGAGGUGUCUUGAAUUCAACUCAGGACGAUGCUUCACCAUUUGAUGGUGAAGGACAUGGCACGCACACAGCUUCUGUUGCAGCUGGUAAUCAUGGGAUCCCGGUGGUAGUUGCCGGUCAUCACCUUGGGAAUGCCAGUGGGAUGGCUCCUCGUGCUCAUAUUGCUGUCUACAAGGCAUUGUAUAAGAGGUUUGGAGGAUUUGCUGCAGAUAUCAUUGCAGCCAUAGAUCAGGCCGCUCAAGAUGGAGUUGACAUAAUAAACCUAUCAAUCACACCAAAUAGACGUCCUCCUGGUAUUGCUACAUUCUUCAACCCGAUCGAUAUGGCAUUGUUUUCAGCUGUGAAAGCUGGGAUCUUUGUAGUGCAAGCAGCUGGAAACACAGGACCAGCUCCUAAGACCAUGUCUUCCUUCAGUCCAUGGAUCUUUACAGUAGGAGCUACAUCUCAUGAUAGAGUAUAUACUAACUCGAUAAUCCUUGGAAAUAAUGUCACUGUUCCUGGAGUUGGACUCGCAUCUGGUACAAGAACAAUGCACAAACUUAUAUUAGCUACACAUGCGCUUAGCAAUGGUACAACUGUUAUGGAUGCUAUAUAUGUUGGGGAAUGCCAAGAUUCAAGUAGCUUCGAUCAGAAGCUGGUGCAGGGAAAGAUCCUCGUCUGCAGUUAUACUGUCCGAUUCAUAUUAGGUGUCUCAACCAUUAAACAAGCCUUAAUAACAGCUAAGAACUUAACAGCAGCAGGCCUUGUCUUCUAUAUAGAUCCUUCCGCCGCUGGUUUUCAGAUGACUUCAACUCCAAUGGAUAUCCCGGGAAUUCUAAUCUCCUCUCCUCAAGAUUCUCAGGCUUUACUACGGUACUACAAUUCUUCUCUGGUGAGGGAAAAUGGUUCAGGCAAAAUUGUUGGAUCUGCGUCAGCUGCGAGAAUUGUUGGUGGCAUGAAGCCUACCUAUGGCAUUACAGCUCCUAAGGUCAUGUACUUCUCUGCUAGGGGACCUGACCCAGAAGAUGAUUCUUUCGUUGAUGCUGAUAUAAUGAAACCCAAUAUAGUAGCUCCCGGAAACGCUAUAUGGGGCGCUUGGAGUCCUCUCGGCAUUGGUACAACUGAUUUCCAAGGUGAGCGUUUCGCUAUGGAAUCAGGGACAAGCAUGUCUGCUCCUCAUGUAACAGGUAUUGCGGCGCUCAUCAAGCAGAAGUUCCCACAUUUCACUCCUGCAGCCAUUGCAUCCGCACUUUCAACAACAGCUUCUCUAUCAGACAGAAAGGGUCAGCAUAUAAUGGCACAACGCAUUGUCUUAAACCCUGACAUUAGUCAGUCCCCUGCAACACCUUUUGAUAUGGGUAGCGGAUUCGUCAAUGCAACUGCAGCUCUUGACCCUGGUUUGAUUUUCGACAUAGGUUACAAUGAAUACAUGAAGUUUCUUUGUGGCAUCAACGGAUCAUCUCCGGUUGUUCUGAACUACACUGGUGAAAGCUGCUCGGCGUACAACUCCUCCCUCGCAGCCUCUGACCUGAACCUACCUUCAGUCACAAUAGCUAAGCUCGUUGGUACUCGAACAGUCCUAAGAUGGGUCACUAAUAUUGCAACCACGGCUACAAACGAAACAUAUAAAGUCGGUUGGAAGGCACCGGACUCAGUCUCCGUUAAGGUCUCACCUGCCAAGUUUACAAUCGGAAACGGGCAGACACGGGUCUUGACUGUUGUCCUUGGAGCGAUGAAGAAUGUUUCAAUGGCGAGUUUUGGGAGAAUUGGCCUGUUUGGAGAUAGAGGUCAUGUUGUUAACAUUCCGGUUGCAGUCAUCUACAAGAUUGCUGUCUGAAAAAUAGGUUGUUAUAUGCAGAGUUUUUUUUUUUUUUUAGUGUGAUGAUGAAACAAACUUGAAAGAGUUGAUAUUGUUUUGGAGAUUAGUUAAUGUAUGUUUUUGUGCAUUGCUUAAAAAGCGUUAGAGAGAUUUUGUAGUUUGUAAAUGUGUUUGGAAUGAUGAAGUUUGUUGAAUUAAAUCUAA